GUUAACUUGGGGUUUGGGUUUCACACCCUGCCCCGUUCUUUCGCAGUCUUUCUUGUCUUUAGUCCUCUCAAUCCACGUAAGUUUCCCUGUGGGGUUCCUACCAUUGUUGCUCGGUGGCAGAUGAUCUAAAGCCCCUUCCUGCUCCGACGUCUCUCUCUCUUGGGGAUCUCUCAUUUCCAGCGUAACUUCUGUCGCUCCUGCAGCCACUCUGUUAUGGCACAGUUGAAGUGAAAUAGUUGGGUCAACCGCUCUCACUGUCUUUGCCCCUGCUGAAUUGGUCUCGAUGAUGGGGGAUGGCUACUACGGUGUCAGCAGUGCACCUGGUAUCAUUUUCACUGCUGGGAACUCUACCCCUGUUGUUAACAAUCCGGGAUUAGCCCAAGCAAGGAGCUCUUCAGGUUCCCUCCUCGAUUCAGAACCAGGUCUUAAGCACGAUACGGGAUUGGCAGUAGAGUGGUCUAUCACUGAACAGUACAAACUGGAAGAAGGCCUCAUCAAAUAUGCUGAUGAACCAAGUAUUAUGAGAUAUAUAAAGAUAGCAGCCACUUUGCAAGAUAAGACAGUCCGUGACGUUGCCUUGAGGUGUAGAUGGAUGACGAGGAAGCGACCUGGGAAGAAAGUAAACAUUAGGAAGUUGGCAGAAUCAUCCUCCAAGAGUUCUGCAGCUCUGCCAGUGAACAUGGCUGCAUAUGCUCCUGUUAUCCACCAUAUGAACCAAAAUGACAUGAUUCCUUUUGAGGUAUCAGGAACCAGUGGCAGUGCCAACCCUAGGAAUCUAUUGGAACAGAACACCCAGGCAUUUAGCCGAAUUAGAGCCAAUCUUCAUCUCCUUAAGUUACAGGAUAAUAUUGACCUCUUCUGUUGCGCAAGGAACAAUAUUGCUGCAAUCCUGAACAACAUGCGAAACGUGCCCGGUAUAAUGAGCCAGAUGCCACCACUUCCUGUAUCCAUUGAUGAAGAUCUCGCAAAUGCCAUAUUGCCCUAUGCGGCUCGGCCAAUGGGUUUUGGUUCGGGUGGUGGAAUUCCCUUGAAGCAGGAGCCAAGGUGCUGAAGGAGACCUAUUCUUGAGGUUGAAUGAUAUAUGCCUGCACUGUACAAAGUACAUUGAUUUCCUGCUCUAACUGCACAAGCUGCUCGGAGAGUGUUCUUCACUGUGUCGGCUUCUCUGCUCAUCAUGCUUCUUGGGUCCCAAAUGAUGUGUCCAGGUACAAUAUUGGAUGCAGGAUUACCUCUCUUGAUGCUGAUUCCAACUACCAACCUGUAGAACUAAACUACGGUCCUUCUGGGUUCGGGGGAAAUAACCUCUGAUCAAUUAAAGCUUCUCGUCUGGUUGGAAUUUGAGUGGUAAGGCACGCGCGUGUGUAAAUUAUACGCAGAAUAAAUCCUAGUCUAGUCUUUUGCGUGAUUUGUAUCUUUGUAGUAUAUACUGAGGUGUUUUUGUUCCAUAUAUAUAAUGCUUGAGUCAGCUGACCAUGAAUUCUGCUUGGUGGUUUUCUCCUCGUGAAGUGGUAAGGAAAGUCCUUUUAUA